AUUUCCACAAGUAUAAAUAUCAGAACAUUAGGUACAUUCUUAAGUGCAGCAAAGUAUUUUUUGUUGAACAGGUGAAAGCUUUUAGAAAAGUAAAGAAUUUGAAAGAUUUCAGAUCAUAUUUGCAGAGGCUUAGAAUAUAACAAAAUGGCAGAAAUUGUUACAGAAAUAUCCGAUAUAAUAGACGAAUCAGCAGAUGGAAUGGCUGAAGAAGCAGAGGGAGCUGAAGAAGAUAUGGAACCUGAAGAACAAGCAGAGUUUGAGGAAGAAGUUGCAGAUGCGAAAGAAGCGGUUCAAGAAUUAUCAAAAACUGCAGAAGUUUUUACCAACAUUAUGGAAGGUUCUCUUAAAAUGGUGAAAUCAUUUGCAAUAUUUGUGCUUAAAAACAUUGCUGUUGGUGCCAUUCUGUAUUAUGUCAAUGUUGGUUUAUCGAAACUUACCAAGGUUACGAAGAGCAAAGGACAAACUGGCAAUAAGAAAAUAUUAGCUAUUGUCAAGGGAAUUAUUAAGCUUAUCAAGACAGAAUCCAACUUGUGUAAAGCCAUAAAAGAUUGGUUGCAAAAACACAAGGACGACACAAUUACCUUGGAUGGCAUUGAAAUUAAACUGGAGUCUAUAUUUGAGACAAAACUGAAGCCUAUUUCUGAUGCUAUUGAGAAGACCUAUGCUACCGCAAAGCAUUUAAAGACAAAGAAAGAUGGCAAAUCGUCAUUCAAUAUUCCGACAGUAGCCAACAUUGAUAGUUUGUUGGAUGGAUUGGUGUCUUUCCAUAAAAGCUUAAGAACGCUCCGAGACUUUGCAGAACAAAACAAGGGAAAGGUUGUUGGUCUUAAAUCCUUCCUUGAAAUAGUUACCCCAGAAGUCCUUGAUGAAAUACAGAAUCAAAUUGAGAAUGUAAAGAAAAUGCCUACGGAAUGAACAAAAAGAAGCAAGACUCUAGUUUUGUAUAGUUAUGUAACUUUAUAAGUAAAAUGCAUUUCGAAAGAAUUUAAACUUUUAUAUAAUACAUAACAUAAAGCUUUGUGUCUUUCGUGUU